AUGGCAGACACAGAGCAGACUGAAGCGCCCGACUAUGUCACGCUGGUCAGCAAUGACGGCUUCGAGUUCAUGGUGCAGAGAACUUCGGCCUGUCUAUCUGGCGCCAUCAAGAGGAUGCUUGACCCGAUCAAUGGCUUUGCGGAGUCAAAGACACAUAGAUGCGUGUUUGAAAACAUCAACGGCAUGGUGCUUGAGAAGGUGUGCGAGUACUUCUACUACAAUGAGAAGAACCGCGACAACACUGGUGUCCCUGACCUGGACAUUCCGCCUGAGCUCUGUCUUGAGUUGCUCAUGGCGGCUGACUACCUGAAUGGUGUGUUGAGCUCCCUUCAAGAUUGUCUAUUGGCGCCAUCUUUGCUAAUCUUCUCUUCCAGUCUGAUGAUCAAAUUACGCACCUCAACGACUCUCCUCUGUCUACCUCCAAUCAUAUCAGCAAGGCGUUUGUGGCGUUCACUGCUCAUACAGAGCCAUCUUCCUUCAGCAUUGCUUCUACGAAUAUCAUUGCUUCACUCUAUACCCAGCGGCGUACAAAAGACAUCACCAACGUGAUACGACGAUAACAAAACACAUUCCCUUUGGAACACGAGCAUAUACGCCGCCAUCUUCACUCCUCCACGAUGCGGCGUCUAUAGUUGGUCCUACAUCCAGCUUCCGCUUUAUUCUGUCCCUCACCUCACAUCCACAAGGAUCGUUGGACUUGAUUUCACAGUCGGAGACAUCUUCCUGUCCUAAUUCACCCUUGCAAUGCAAAAACCACAUUUACCUCUUUGGUCCCUUCUCCCUUGUUCUCCCUUUCUCUGCUUCACAAGUGAUCAUGUCACAGGAACUUCUAUUGUCACGCUUGUCUCCCUCUUCUCCUUGGGAGUUUUCAGGCCCUCAUCACUGUUCCAAGAUUGAUUGG